UUCGUCUGACGCAGUUCGGGCGUUUCAGAGCAGUCUUUGGAGGGUGAAUUAUUUUGACAACCAAUUUCAUCUUUGACGUUGGCUGCCAGUACUGUAUGUCAAGAUGGCUGCGAGCAAUUAUUUCGGCUUCACACAUGGUGCCGGUCCGCAAUACAGUACUCAGCCUCCCACAGCCUACUCCCAUCCCUCCACAGCCAGUUACACUGUCCAGCAGGCUCCAGCUGUGGCUCAUGCAGUGACUGCAUCCUACUCUCCAUCUCCAGUCCAGGCAGCCCAGCCUGUGGUUUCUGCCCCUUACCCUGCCUAUCAGAGCCACCAGGCCCCCCCAGACUAUGCCUACAGGCAGCCAGACCCCCCGGCCCCCCCUCAGCCCACCACAACCCCACAGACGUACCAGGUAUACUCAGACACGGAUAACUACAGCUACGGACGCCCUGCUGCUGUGACUACAUAUGAUAAUAAACAGUACUACCAGACAAGUAUAGCUCAGAGGACACCUACAGAGAAUUACUACCAGACUGUAGGAGUGAAGAGCGCCUACAGUCCAGUGCCCUCGACUGUGUACAGCCAGCCACCUCCUCCCCAGAGGCAGGUUACAGCCCUGAAACCUUUGGCUCCCUCCAGCUCUGUGUCCACCAGCUACAACAUCUAUCCAGUGUCCACCAGUGUCCAGCAGCCUCCAACGCCCAUUUCAUCCUACACCCUCGGCUCCUCCUUCAGCUCCUCUGUUUCAGCUACUUCCUAUUCAGGCAUUAGCUACUCUAGCUAUGAUUCAACUGGCUAUACCUCUACUUCCACCCCUUCUUAUUACCAGCCGGCCCAGCAGACUCUCGCCCAGCCGCAGCCUCCACCGCAGCAACCGCAGCAGCCCCAACGGCCCCAGCCCCCCAUCCAGCCUCCACCCAAACAGCUGACAAGCUCAUCCUGGAGCAACUCAGGAAGCAACAUGGUGACAGUUCCAGCUGGAAACAUCUACAAAAAGCCGACAUUUCACCAGAACAAGCUGCAGAAGGCCAAAGGGCCUCCCAAGCCGCCACAGCUCCAUUACUGUAACAUUUGCAAGAUCAGCUGUGCAGGGCCUCAGACAUACCGAGAGCACCUUGAGGGCCAGAAACAUAAGAAAAAAGAAGCGGCCCUGAAGUCUGGUGUUCAGACGGGGACCAGCAAUGGGCCGAGAGGGGUCCAGACUCAGUUACGCUGUGAGUUAUGCAACGUCUCCUGCACUGGAGUGGAUGCCUACGCCGCCCAUAUCCGAGGAGCCAAACACCAGAAGGUGGUGAAACUUCACACCAAGCUGGGCAAACCUAUACCUUCCACUGAGCCUGUGUUGGUGAAUUCUGCUCCAGUUGUCACAACCUCGACAGCUGGGAAAGCUCCGGUCUCCAGCUCCACUCCUGCCUCUGUUUCUACCACUUCGACUCCCACUGCAACACCCAAACAGGUGGCUGUAAACACCCCGGCUAAAACCACACCGCCAGUCAAGAAACCAGCUUCUUCCAAAAUAAUGGUCAUUUCCACGAAGCCAGCCAGCACCCCAGCAGCUGCAGCAGUGACAGCAGCAGUGGUGGCAGUGCCAGUCAAGGUUGAGGAGCCCUUGCACCAGUCACUUCUGAAGAUGGAACCUCAGAGUGAGGAUGAGGACGGUGACAGAGCUGGAGGUCAGGGUGACAUCCAGCCAGUGGGGCACGACUAUGUGGAGGAGGUCCGCAACGAUGAUGGCAAAGUGAUUCGAUUCCACUGUAAGCUAUGUGAGUGCAGCUUCAAUGACCCCAAUGCUAAAGACAUGCAUCUGAAGGGAAGAAGGCACAGAUUGCAGUAUAAGAAGAAAGUGAACCCAGAGCUUCCUGUGGAGAUCAAGCCCAGUAAUCGGGCCAGGAAGUUGCAAGAGAGCAAGCUGAAGAAGCAGAAGCAGAAGGCGGUUCUGAAGAGACAGAGGGACGAUGAGCAGCGCUGGCACAUGGAGAUGAGGUCAGAGUCGUGGCCGGAGAUGAGGCGAUAUGAGGAGGACAUGUAUUGGAGGAGGAUGGAGGAGGAGCAGAUGUACUGGGGGGAACAGAGACGCAGGAUGGGUCCUCUACCUCUGAUGAGCCGCCCUGGUAUGCCAGUGCCCCCUCUACUGACAUGUGUGCGCCGGCCUGACUCUCCUGACGACCGUCACAUCAUGGCUAAACACUCCACCAUUUACCCAGUGGAAGAGGAGCUGCAGGCUGUUCAGAGGAUCGUCUCCCACUCUGAGAGAGCCCUAAAACUGGUGUCAGACUCCCUGCUGGAGAAAGAGAUGCCAGCUGUUGCUCCAGCUGCUACUGAAGGAGGAGAUGAAAAAUGUACUGAGAACUCAGCCCGGCUGCUCAAAGGUGUGAUGAGGGUGGGUAUUCUGGCCAAAGGCCUGCUGCUUCGUGGCGACCGGAAUGUGGAGCUCAUCCUGCUGACUGCUAAGAAACCCACCAUCUCUUUACUGAAGAGCAUCACCAAGCAGCUGCCUAAGGAACUGGCGACAUUUUCUGAAGAUCAGUAUGAGGUGCAGGCUCACCCCGAGGAGGCGAACAUCGUGAUAGUUUCAAGCAAGGAGCCCAAAAUGCAGGUGACCAUUUCUCUCACCUCGCCGCUGAUGAGGGAGGACCCUGCUGCUGAGAAGGACAAGCAGGCAGGAGGAAAAGCGGCUGAGAAAGGUGUGGCUGACAAGGACCCUCCUGAUCUUUUGAAUAAGAAGAAAUGUCUAGAAUACCUGGCUGCUCUCCGUCACGCCAAGUGGUUUCAGGCUCGUGCCAAUGGACUGCAGUCCUGUGUGAUCAUCAUCCGGGUGCUGAGAGAUUUAUGCCAGCGGGUGCCCACAUGGGGGAAGAUGCCCAGCUGGGCAAUGGAGCUGCUGGUGGAGAAGGUGAUCAGCAGUGCUGCAGGCCCGCUCAGCCCAGGGGAGGCCAUGCGCAGAGUCCUGGAGUGCAUCUCCACAGGCAUACUGCUGCAAGAUGGACCAGGGUUGAUGGACCCCUGUGAGAAAGAGCCAACAGAUGCUUUGGAAAGCAUGAUGCUUCAAGCUAGAGAGGACAUUACUGCCAGUGCACAGCAUGCACUGCGGCUCCUUGCUUUUCGUCAGAUCCAUAAAGUUCUGGGCAUGGAGUCCCUGCCGGCGUCCAAGGCCAGUGCCCGCAACCGCAAACGUCGGCGGGAUGUCAGCGACACCGGGGAGGGAGAAGGGGAAGGCAAAAAAGACAAGAAGGAAGAAGCAGGAAGUGCUUGACCUCUGCUUGCGGAGCUAAGGCACUUGCUAAUUUAGAGACUGGUAGAAUGUCACAACUUUAAACUUUUCUUAUCUUGAAAACAAUUUUAACAAGCAGCUAUACACAUAUGAAUAUAACCGACUUUACAGGUUACACGUCUACCCUUGAAUUAUGUGUUGGAAGAGAAGAAUGACUGAAGUUUGAGGAUCUGUACUGCAAAUCCGUCUCACAUAUAACGAUCUGUUGCAGAUGUAAAAACGUCUAAAGCGUGCAACAAAAAUUGGCUCAGUAAAAAAUUAAGUUACAGAUUGUAUCAUUCCAUUUCAGUAGAGCUGCACACUAACUACUGGCCAUUGCUCCCUUUAUUCACAGCAGUUGAGCCACCCCUGUCACCUACCAAUGUAUUGUUUUCUAUGAUAUUAAAGCCUAGAGUACCAUUAAAUCAUCAGCACCUUACACUUUAUUUCCAGGUUUUCUCUGUGAAGACGAGUCUGAGCUCAGCUUUUCAGACCAUUUCAGUUUUACCAUCAGACUCUCAAGUCAGGACUCAGUAAACAAAGGUUGGUGCAUGACAUUUGUACGCUGAAAGGUGUUUUUCAGUCUGUGUAAAAUAGAAAAUAAAGGUGUGGGUUUUGUUGAUGAAGGUUUGAAACUGUGAGAUCAGAGCAGACUGAUGUGUUCAGGAUGUACAUACACAGUAAUGUAAUGUUUGUUGUGCCUGAAAUGACACUCUAGUGUUGAGUGAAUGUCAAAUGUCCUUCCUGAACUUCUCAUGUUCUCUUUGCUCCUGUUGUCAACAUGUCCUGAUACAUUUUUGAGAAGUUGAGAGAGAUUAGACAAACGUUUUGAAAUCCAGCCAAAGGCCCAGCAAUCGCACUAUUGUAAACGAGGCUACCCUGAAAUACCUACCCCCUGAAAACUCAUCAAGGUUUCAUAAGAAACCUUCAAAGACAAAGAAGGCUGCUUUGUGCAACAUCCCCCAAGAGGUUUUCUUUAGUGCUCUUACUGGAAAGUUGAUCUGGCUCCAAACAGAUCAGUAUGUGUUGCACAGUGGGUGGCAUGCUGAGAAAGACAACGUCACUGUACGCAGCCAUAAGUUUAUCAUUUAAAUAAUAUACUUGGUAAUCUUUCUUCUUCCAGGGUAUGGUUAGCAGGUCAGAUACACUUUAGAGUAAAAAAGGACUUGAUAUCUACUGUAAUGAACAAAUGGUUCUAGUUCUUCCUUGUGCCUGCAUCAUGUUGUGUAUUACAGAGGACUGACUAAAGGGUGAAAUGUAGGAGUCUUUUUCGUGUCCUUAUAUUUACCUUAUUUCACAGAGAUAUAGGGCCAGGAAGGUACAAUUGCACAACUCUUUGGCUUAAAAGUUGAUGUGAGAAUUACCGUGGGUUUGAUUUACCAAGAGCAUCAUAUACAGGUGUUGCUUAUUUUAUUUCUGAAGGACGUUAAAAUCUAUUUUGUAUUGUUUAAAGGUGAAGCGUGAGCGUUGCUGUCCUAUUAUUUGAAUGUGUUUGUAGUGUUGCUGAAAUUAAGGGGAUAUAUUAAACAUUAUU